GAUUACCUAGAUUAACCAGUGUCAAAUGUUAUAUUUCAAUAUUAAAUUAAAGUUUAUGGUGUUUUGAUUGUUCAAUAUGGCAGCGCACCGAUUAUCAAAGACUGGGGCUCACCACCAUCAAAAUCAAAAAAUCAAAACUGCUGCCACCAGACCCCCCACUACGAUAGAUUAUAGGUAUACACAGCCCCCACAAUUACAACUAAACCAUCAAUUGAAUCAUCAUGUCUACUCAAUCUGGUAUAUCAGCGUCUUCAGACUUAUUAGAUGCUUUCAAAACUCUACAAUCAGAAUCAUUAAUCAUAAAGAUCUCCCUGGAUAAUACUGAAUUAAUUCCUGAUCAAAAAUUCAAAGGUUCCAAAUCAGAUUCAUUAUCAGAUCACUUUAAUGAUAUCAAUAGUCAUGUGAGUAAUGAAUAUCCUCAACCCAGUUAUAUUCUUGUGCCUGCUGGUGAAACUGAUAAUUUCAUCUUUGUUAGUUUUAUUCCUGAUACUGCUCCUAUUAGACAAAAGAUGUUAUAUGCAUCUACCAAGAAUACGUUAAUCAAUGCUCUUGGAUCGAAUAAAUUCUCCAAGAAUAAUACGUUUGCAUGGACAGAUCUUGAUGAAUUAACUCAUGAUCAUUAUAAAUUCUCUAUUGCUGGUAAUAGUGAUGAAUCAAAAUCAGAUUUAUUAAGUAAAGAUGAGAAAAUCUUAAGUCAUUUAAAUUCAUUACAAGAUUUAUCCUUAAGUACUCAAUCUAAACAAUUAGCGUCUAUAAAUCAUCAUGUGGCUAGUGAUGGGUCAGAUAAUAUCACUAAGGAUAAGUUAUUAUAUAAAUUUGAUGAGAAAUUAACUACUGAAUUUGAUAAUUUAUUAAAUAAUACUAGUAAUUUCAAAUUAAUUUCAUUCAUUAUCGAUUCAAAAUCAGAAGAAAUCAAACUUUCAGCAGCUGAAACCAAUAUCGCCUUGGAUUCUUUAAUAUCGACACUUGAAUCCAUCGCUUCUAAAUCAUCUAUCGUUCAACCUCAAUUCAGUGUUUAUAAUUAUCAUCAUAAUAAAUUCGCUUUCAUUUAUUCAUGUCCAUCAGGAUCAAAAGUCAAAGAUAGAAUGCUUUAUGCAUCCUCGAAAUUAGGAUUGAUUAAUUAUUUGAAUCAAUUAUUAGGCCAAGAUAAUUUAUCUAUCAACAAGUCGAUUGAAAUUGGUGAUUUACAAGAAUUAGAAUUAUCAGAAUUAGAAAUUGAAAGUGAAAUCUCAUCACCAGGUUCUAUAACUUCUGGUUCAUCAAAUUUAAGUAAUUCAAAUAGAUUAAAAUUCACCAAACCAAAGGGACCACGUAGAAGAUAAGUCCCACCGCAAAAAACUUACAAAAAAACCAUACCUACUUUUAAAAUUCUUUCAUAUAUAUGAACUUUAUAUAUAUUAAAAAAUAAAAAAAAAUGACUAUAUCUUGGAUAAUUCCUCUUCUACAUACUUAUUAAUAAUCGUAAUCAAUUUAUCUGAAUUGCCCUGGUUGAAAUAGGAUUCAACGUUAUGCAUAUCAAUAUCAUCUUCAUAAUUCUCACUAUCGGAUAUAGAACCAGCGUAAUAAUCCACGUUAUUCUUCUUG